AUGACAAUUUGUAAUAGUCAAGCUCAAGAAGUUGCUCAAGCAUUGGAAGUGGGGGAAAUUUUGAGUGGAUCGGGUUUGAAUCAAGAGCUUAGUUUAAAGAGGCCCGGAGAUACUCAUUGGGGAUCUCAUUACAAGUGUCUUGUCAAUGUCAUCCGCUUGAUUUCUACAAUUGUUAAGAAAGGAGCAAGAUAUUGUAAAUGCCAUGGAAUUAGUUACUUUCACAAAAAGUGUGUUGCAAAAAAUGAGGGAACAAGGGUGGGAGACUCUCUCUUAAAUAAGGUUACUUUAUUUUGCACUAAACAUGGCAUUGAUGUUCUCACUAUGGAUGCUCUUUAUGUUCCUCAAGGAAGAUCACGACGCUUUGUCGAAAAAGCAACAAAUCUACAUCAUUUUCGAGUUGAAAUAUUUUUGGGGGCAAUUGAUUUGCAUCUUCAAGAACUUGAUAAUCGGUUCAAUGAGAAAAGCAUGGAGUUACUUACUUGUAUAGCUUGCUUAAGUCCUAAAGAUAACUUCUCAUCUUUUGACAAAGAAAAGGUACUCAAACUUGCCUCCUUUUGUUUCGAAGAAUUUUCAAGUUUUGAUUUGAUGACACUUGAAGGUCAACUUGAUAUGUUCAUGGAAAAUAUGCACAAAGAUGAAAGAUUUCAAAAUUUGCGUGAUCUUAACUCUCUUUCCAUGAUGCUUAUUAAUACCAAGAAGGAUAAGACAUAUCCUCCUGUAUAUUUGCUUUUCAAAUUGAUGUUGAUUCUUCCCGUUGCUACGACAAGUGUUGAAAGAGUAUUCUCCGCAAUGACAUAUGUCAAAAUUAAGUUGAGAAAUAGCAUGGAUGAUCAAUUUAUGAGUGAUUAUUGUUUGGUCACUUUUAUUGAGAAGGAGGUGUUCCUACAAUUUCCCAACGAAGAAAUAAUUGAUCGUUUUCAAAAUAUGAAGACUCGAAGGAUGCAAUUGUAA